UUUAAGAGAGAAUCAGUGAUUAAGAAAGGAACCCAUUAUUUCUUUGAUGGCAGAGAAGCCCCAGCCAGCGCGAGUUCUGUACUGCGGCGUAUGCGGAUUACCAGCCGAAUACUGUGAAUUCGGGUCUGAUUUCGAGAAAUGCAAACCAUGGUUGAUUCAACAUGCUCCUGAAUUAUAUCCCGAUCUUGUUAAAGAUACAAACUCUAAUGAAGCUGAUAAAGUCUCUGACAAGCUCCAGGCUGCUUCAAUCUCUGAUGGUGCAGGUGCUUCUUCCACUUCCAAGCCUGAAGAAGUAAAACGUCUUCCUGGUGGGAAGAUAAAAAAGAAGGAUAAGCAAGAAGUUAUAAUUGAAAAGGUUGUACGCAACAAGAGAAAGUGCAUUACCACUGUGAAAGGGUUGGAGCUGUUUGGUGUUAAGCUUAGCGAUGCUUCAAAGAAGCUAGGGAAGAAGUUUGCUACUGGAGCCUCUGUUGUUAAGGGACCAACUGAAAAGGAGCAAAUUGAUGUUCAAGGAGACAUUUCAUUCGACAUUGUGGACUUCAUCACAGAUACCUGGCAUGAUGUGCCUGAAUCUGCGAUUUUCUUUAUUGAGGAUGGGAAGAAAGUUUCAGCUGUUGACUGAUAAAUGAGUGGAAUGAAUAAAUUUAUGCAUCUUACUCUGCCUGUUAAAUAACAACAUUGAUUUUCGGGUUGAGCGUUUUUUUAAAGAUUAUAUGACCUCUUGAGCAAUGGCGCGAUGUUUUAAGCCGGUUUUCCUUAUUAUUGCACAGUACCAAAUUUAUGACCCUAAUGUUUAAAGACUUUUUAUUUGA